GGGGCCGGCGCGCGGCGGCGUCACGCGGGGCGGGGCGCAGGCUCUCGGGGAAGUUGCUCCGCGACGAGUUGCAGCCUCGUGAGCAACGCAGCGGGCGGGGCAGGCGGGAGGGGCGGCUCCGCCGGCGCAGCCGUCCCCAAGAAGGAAGGAGGAAGCCAAGGGGAGGUGCCACCCUGCGCUCCCGGGGCCCGGAAAACCUCCCCGCGAGAAAGCCCUCAUCUCCAGGCGGACGAUCGCCUUUCUCGCUGCAAGAAGCGGAAGAGCUGCGCCAGGACUCAGGGGGCGCGGUGGCGGACGGGGGAGCGCACAGCCGGCCCCAGAGGCUCCCUGCGGGCUGCGGUUUCGGCGGACACCAGGGAAUUCCGAACGCCGCGGGGAGCCCGAGGUAGGGGACGCCGGGUCCGGGGAACGCCUGUCGGCUCCGCCUCCCGGUCGCCCGACGACCGGCCGGGCCAUGUCCGGAGGCUGGGGCUCGGCGGCCCUGCCCCCGGCGCCGGGGUCCCGCAAGCCCGCCCCGCGGAGCCUCAGCUGCGUCUCAGACCUGGACGGCGGCGCCGCCCGGGAGCCGCGGCCCUGCAGGCCCCCCGAGAGCCCGGGCCGCGCGCCCCCUCCACCGCCGGAGCCGUCAGGCUGCGACCCCGGCCUUCGGCCCAUCAUCCUGCGGCGCGCGCGCUCGCUGCCCAGCUCGCCCGAGCGCCGCCAGAAGGGCGGGGGCGCGCCCGGAGCCGCUUGCCGGCCAGGCUGCAGCCGGCAGCUCCGCGUGCGCUUCGCGGACGCGCUGGGCCUGGAGCUGGCGCAGGUCAAGGUGUUCAACGCGGGCGACGACCCGUCGGUGCCGCUGCACGUGCUGUCGCGCCUUGCCAUCAACUCGGAUCUGUGCUGCAGCAGCCAGGACCUGGAGUUCACCCUGCGGUGCCUGGUGCCCGACUUCCUGCCGCCCAUCGAGGCCACCGACUUCGGCGAGCGCCUGGGGCGGCAGCGCGUCUGUUUGGAGCGCGUCACCUGCUCGGACCUGGGCAUCAGCGGCACGGUGCGCGUGAGCAACGUGGCCUUCGAGAAGCAGGUGGCGGUGCGCUACACCUUCUCGGACUGGCGGAGCGCGCAUGAGGCGGUGGCCCGGUGGCGCGGGCCCGCGGGCUCCGAGGGCACGGAGGACGUCUUCGCCUUCGGCUUCCCGGUGCCGCCCUUCCUGCUGGCGCUGGGCUCGCGCGUGCACUUCGCGCUGCGCUACCGAGUGGCGGGCGCCGAGUACUGGGACAACAACCAUGGCCGAGACUACAGCCUCACGUGCCGCAACCACGCGCUGCACAUGCCUCGCGGGGAGUGCGAAGAGAGCUGGAUCCACUUCAUCUGAAGGCGGCCGCAGUGGUCCCCUAGCUGGGCUCUCCGGUCCCUGCGGUUACUGUUUCGCACACCCCACCCCAGCCUGAGUCUUCGGACUUCACUUCCCGCUUCAAGCCCCUGGGCGGUGACCCUUCCCAUUCUCUACUCGAAAUGUCUGUGUCACCGGCUCUACAAAGUAGCCUCAGGUGGCCGGGAGGCCAAGUUGUAUCAUGCGCUGGGGGAGGGUGCGGGGUGGGUGGAUGCACAGCCGCGUCCGCCCCUCUGGAGAGGGCCCAGGCAGGCUGGGUUGGUUGGUUCGUUGGUGGGUUGGUUGGUUGGUUGGUUGGUUGAUUUUUUGGAAAGGCCUGCAUCCUCCUACUAGGAAAGCCUGUGGCUUUUGCAUGUGUCCUGAUUGGGUCUCUGUAAACGUAGCUGUUAUUUAUCAUCGUGAUGUUGGAACAUUUUACCCUUAUUGGAUGCCUUCUCAGGAACAUUCUGGAUUUAACAAGCUAAAAAAUAAGUCCUGUGUGUUUUGUGCCCAUUGUAAACAGAAUGUACGGUGUGACUCCCAUCAUGGUCCUUUAAGGCAUUUCUGCCCUGGGACAAGGAAAACCUGAGACUAGGUUUGCUUGCCAAUGUCUGUAGACUUCUAACAGUGGGAAACUAUUAAUAGGCAAGAAAUUUAUGCCUCAUCAGUCAUCACACAGCCAUUCCUGGGAGUUCAGGCUGCCCUGGUUAGGCCGUGUGUCUUCUACAUCAACAGCCAAGGAAGGGGGAAAAGCCUGACUCUGAAAACUAGCAAAAAAGUCCCUUCUCUUGCAGUCUCUCCUCUCACUUCCUGUGUUCCCCUUCUUGUCUUUGAUAAUUAUGGAUCUGCAUGUUAUCAGGCCAUUCUGUUUAGGUUUGAGACUACCUAAACAUUUUAAGAAAUUCUGCCUUAAGUUAUUUCCAUUUUCAGGCAACUCUCUAGAAAAAUUUCAGGCAACAGUGCCCUUUACAGUAUCUUUUUGAUGACUAAGGUGACUCUUUUUAUGUCUGCUUAAGUGUCAGAAAAUUCCAGCGGCCAUCCUUCAGAAGUCAGGUUAUCAAGUGGAACUGGCAGGGGUUUUCAUCAAUAGCUGGAGCCCUGGAGGAAAAAUCACCAAUACUUACACUUUUUAAUCAUUUUAAAUGGUAUUUAUAUAUUCCCAGUUUUAUCAGCUACCUGCGAACUUUAUUCUUUGUGCCUUCAGACAGAGUUUCUAACAUUGUCUGGACUCCCCCCCUCCCCCCCAGUUUUAAAAAUGUUAAAUGCUUUUCCUUUUUGUUGUUUGUUUUUUAUCUCCAACCAAGAAGUCAAGGCCUUUGUCUCCUGCUGAAUGCCAGGAUGACUUAAAACUCCCAGCAAGGCACUGAUGAUUUCUUUUGGUGCUGAGUGGUGGUCUCUCUAAAAGCAGGUGCUAACACUGAGGUGUGAAAACCCAACCAUGAUGAACAAGGCCUCCAACUUGUGAAGUUUGGUUCUGAUGCAGUUGAAGCCAGUGUCAUUAAUUUGUGAUAGCUGUCACCAGUGAAUUAACUCUAAAUUUUUGAAUACUUAUUGACAUUUGUCAAAUCACUAUGUAAAAGAUGUGUUUUGCCUUUUAACCAGUUUAUUUUUAUAAUUGCAACUUCUGUGUUUCUAAAAGUCCAAGAAGAGGGAUCGCUUUCUUUGGUACCUUUUGAUAAUUACACUGAAUUUUGAUUUAAAGUGUUGUAAUUCAAUUGAACAACCUUUGGCUGUUAACACUGUGCACUACAUUGACAUGCAAGAGAGACAAAAGCCUGGUUCCAUUUCCUGCUGUUUAAUAAACAGUCCAAUUAGGUCAGCAAGCCUGUGAGAGCCGUGGUUGUUGUGUCCGUGGUCCCAGCCCAGAGCGCACGACAGUUGUCCAGAGCAUUCAGGUAUAAGAGCGAGAGCCGACAAAUGUAUUGUUGUAUAAAGGCAUGUAAAGAAUCUUAUCCAUGUGAAAGUCACUUGUCAAAAAGGUUCUGGUCAUGGAAUAUACCGUAAAUGUUUUAUCUUCGAUAUUAAGAGAACCUCAACGUGCCUUUAAAAAAAUCAACAUUUGAAAAUUUAAAAACUUAAAUAUACCUGCCUAGUUGAUAAAGAAGUUGAUAAAGUUCAGCUUAAGGAGAAUUUUCAGAUCCUAAAAUAGUUAUAUUGCUUAGAUGUUAAUAUUUUGCAGUGGAUUGUGCAAUUGUGGGGUUGUCUCCCCAAACAUAUUUUAAGGUCAUUUAAGAUGAUUUCGCUCAAGCCUAAAUAUUAAAGUAUGUGCAUAAAUUGUUA